AUGACGGGCCCGAAACCCGCGCCCGCCGCCUCGCAGAACCCUAGCGCGGCCCCGCCUCGUCGUCCUCCUCCUCCUCCUCCGCCGCCGCCGCCGCCGCCGGUGGCGGCGGUUGCGAGGGCGCGCGAGGAAGGCGAGCUCUCCUCCGGCGCCGACGACGACGAGACUCUGCAAACUCGGCUAGGUGCUACAUCCAUUCUUGGGAAGUUUGUGGAGGCUGGAUCUCAAGUGCCAUCGGCAACUCUCCUUGGUAAGGGCAGUAACACCUUGAUUGUCUCGAAUGCUCUGAAUCAUAAAGCGUCUGGUCCAAGUUACAAGAAGAUCAUGAGGGUGAAUCAGGGGCAAUUCAAGCCUGGCACUAAUCGGAAUCUUUCAUGGCAGAAGCCUGUGUCAAGUGAUAACCUUGUGAUAACUUUCUCAGAUGAUGAUGGUGAGACAGACUCUGGAAAGACAAGGCAAUGUAAAGUUAGGAAGGCCAGCUCUCAAGGUACACAGAGAACAGGGAACAGUAUGCAAACUAGGAUCAUGAGAGAGGAAGUAUCUCAGCAGAAAACCCUUGGUGCAAAGGCAGGUCCUGCACACUUGCCCGCUUUUCCAUUCACACACAGAAAUGUAGGGGCUGGCAGGGGAUCAGGUAAUACCUUUGUCAGGAACGAGCCACCUGUCCGCCAAGUUAAUCCUCUGAAGUCUAAACAGAAAAUUCAAAAUGGGGUAGGAGUACAUUCUGAAGAUCAUAGGUUAGAAAUCUUGCGCCAUAAAAUAGCUGCUAGAGAAAAUGAACUAAAAGGUCAAAAAAGACCUUUGUCCGCCGUUGCUACAAAGAAUGCAGAUUUUUCUUCCAAUCAGCCAAGGCUGCCAUCAGAAAAGAUAGGGCUUGAAGCUUCCAACAGUGGUGAAUAUUCACGCUUUAAUAGUCUGUCUGAACUUAAUUCAGGACCAAAUAAAAGGUUGAAGCUCAAUCAUCAGCAUUUGUACAGCCAAUUUCGCAGUGACUUGGUAACAUUGGCACCAAUAGGUUCUACAUCAGGAAAAAACAAUGUGCAAUCUUCAGAAGUGACAAAUCAGUUUGAAAAUGGAAUUACUAUGAACCUUAAUGUCAAUGAAACAGAUACAACAGUCACAACAGAACUUGCAAAUCAGAUACAACAAGGUGGGGCAAGUAAGAGCCUUCGUCACCACAAAGAUAUAGGAGGUGCUGGUAACCAUUCUAUGCUUGAGUCGCACAAUGGGGUUGCAGCACGACCACCAUUUACUGACACACAAACUAUACCAGAAGAUACUAGUGCUUUGGUGCCUGUCACGUCUGCCCAAGCUAGGCAACAGGUACUGCCUGUUGGUACUCCACCUGUGUUAGACGGAACGCCACAAUUGCAACCUGGAAAGGAGAAUGCUGGAUGUUUGAACUGCAGUGGCCAGAUAGGCGUAGACACACGGAACACAAUAUUGUUCUCUCUACUUGAGAUGGAAGAAUUACAAGACAAGGAAUUGGAGGAUGCUCAGGAGCAUAGACAAAAAUGUGAAGCUGAAGAAAGAGAAGCUCUUAGAGCUUAUCGCAAAGCACAAAGAGCUUUACUCGAGGCAAAUGAAAGAUGUGCAAUUCUUCGUAGAAAAAGAGAGAUUUGCUCUUCACAAGUCCAUGGUUUAAUUGCAGAGAAUUCUUCUUUGGUGCAGUCUUUGAGUAUUCGGAAUCCUGAAGAUGGCCUUGCAAUGCCAUCACUGCUCAAUUCUCAGAUUCAUGCAGAUAGUCAGAUGCCUGAAAAUCAGGGUGGUAGACACAGGCUACAUCCUGAAGAACCUUCUCAGCAGCCAGUUGAUAAGCAUGAGGCACAGCCACACUAUCAUGAUAAGCUUGCUGCCAGCACAGCUGAUCCCAGCUCUGUGACUGCUGUCAAUGCGGAUAGCGUCCUUUCAGAUUACAUGGAGGAUGAUCUUCUGUUCCCCACUAGACAGGCAAGAUCAGAAUGCGCUUUGGAUCUGGAGAAUCAAAUGGAAGAAACUAUACAUGUAUAUGCAGCGGAAAACAGACAAGUUUCUGGUGACAGUGCUCAGGAUUAUGAACUUUUAGAAGCUUCUUUGAGGUCUAGAUUGGUUGAAAGAUUUGGGAAGAAAUCAUGCUUGAAUGGCACCAUUGAUGAAGGCACUGAAGAACUUGCUGUUGGAAAAGUAGCUGCAGAACAUGGCAAGCAGUCUACAUAUGUUGGACAUCAGUUACAGGAAGCAGAGCAGAAUAUUCUGACAACUCCUACUCCUGAAGGUACAAUGGAGCUGGAAAAUGAUGGUGCUGAAAAAACUGGCGGCCUCUCUAAUUCUAGUAGUGGUCCUUCAAUGGGCAACUGUGAUCCUGAGGACAACAUUUCUUCUCUCAAAGAGUUAGGCAUGCCAUUGGCUACGGACACUCUCAUUUUUUCUUCUUCAGCUCCACUAAAUGCUGCUAGACAAAUCAAGCGGGCAUUACCUGGGAUUUGCAAGGAGCCGUCAGAUUACAAAAAUGACUAUGUGACCAGUGAUGCAGCGUCUGAAGUUACAGAAAGUGUACAAGAUAUGAUACAUGACCUUGUUGGAGAAAAUAUGAAGAUUCUCCCAACUACCCAAAAGGAUAAUAAUAUGGUACACAGUGUGAUCGAUCCCUUCUGGCCCUUCUGCAUGUUUGAGCUUCGAGGAAAAUGCAAUGACGAAGAGUGCCAGUGGCAACAUGUUGAGCAUCAUGCUUGGAGAAAGCCAAAGCUUACAAAACGUUCUAUGACCUCUGUUUCAGGCCAGAUUCCUUAUGGUUUGUCUCAGCAUAUUCUUCCUGUGCCAGUGUAUCGUGUUGGUUCAAAUCUCAUUAAAGCUGAUCUGAACUUGACACAGUCAGUUUUGGCUAGCAGUUUAUGGCAAUAUUGGCAAAGGGGGUUUUGUGCUUCCUUUCCUUUACCUUUAUCUGUUCAAAGAGUUCUUCCAUCAGAUGCACCAUUCUUACAGGCUGGUGAUGGUCGGAUUGCUGAUUUUGAUAGGAACAGACAACUAUUAAAAUUUCGAAUGCUGGAUAGCAGGAAGAAUAAGAUUGUACAGGGUCCUGUUGAUAUUGAAUUAUUCUUGGAGGCAGCUCUUGAUUUAUAUUGUGGAAAAGGAAACAAGCCUGAAAGGAUCAAGGCUCUUUCAUUUCUGGCGCGGUCCAUUGAGUCUGAUCCAAGUACAGUUAUCCUGUGGGUGUUUUAUCUCCAUAUUUACUAUCAAAAGGAUGAAGGACUUGGAAAAGAUGACAUGUUUUCUGAUGCGGUGCAACACAAUUUUUGUUCCUAUGAAUUAUGGCUUAUGUAUAUAAAUAGUAGGUUACGUGUUGAUGAUCGAUUGGAUGCUUAUAACGAUGCUUUGAGCAUGCUCUGCCAAAUGACAGCUGACAAUGACAAGGAUCUACAAGAAAGAAGUGCUUUCAUACUAGACAUCUUCUUACAGAUGAUUUACUUCCUGUGCAUGUCUGGAAAUGUAGAGAAGGCAAUUUCUAGGAUUAUUGGAAUUCUUCCAACUGCAGUGCCUGAUAAUUCUGGUGACAAGUUGCUUGCUGAUGUCAUUUCUAGCUUGACCAUGUCCGACAGAUGCAUAUUUUGGAUUUCGUGCCUAUAUAUCUCAAUUUACAGGAACCUUCCAGAGGAAAUUAUUGAUCAGCUAGAGUUCCAGAAAGCUUUUCCUCGUGCCUUAAUAUGGCCUUCUAUUGAUCCCAGUGUAGAUAACAGAGAUAAGAUUAUAGAACUUUUAAAUUAUGCUGCUUAUAAGAUGGCUGAAGAUAUUAGUGAGUGUGUUAAAAACGGGGAUCCAUCUUACCUGAUGUUAUCACAAUUCCUCGCUGUUAACCACAUUAGUUGUCUAGCGGCUGUUGAAGGAUUCAAAUCUUCUGCUGAUAUGCUGGUGACGUACAUGAAGGAGUACCCAAUGUGUCCUCAGAUUCUGCUUAUCUCAGCUCGGUUAGACAGAAAGCAUGGUACAUGUCCUGGUCUGAAAAGCUUUGAUGAGUUGAUCUUGAAUUGGCCUAAAGAGGCACAAGGAAUUCAAUAUAUGUGGAAUCAAUAUGUUGAGCAUGUUCUGGCCACUGAUACCGAGUUAGCUGAGAAGGUACUGACUUGCUGGUUUGAAGAACACGGAAAAGAUUGUGAUAUCCAAACCAAUUCUGCUAUUUGUAUAGAACUGAGCAGCGAAGAGCCUGGAACAUCAUCACUUGUUCCCCAGGAAGUUGGUUCUGGUCCAUCUAUAUCAGAAGAUCACGUCUUUCGGUUAUUAAACCUCUCAUUGUACAAGAUACUGGAGAACAACCUACAGGAAGCACAAAUUGCUGUGGAUAAAGCAUUGAAAUUGGCUCAUGGGGAGUGGUUCGAGCACUGUAUAAGAGAACAUGCUGCAAUUCAUGCACUGGAGCUGGAGAAAUCGUCGUCUUCGACAGAUGCUCAAACUCGGGCUACAUUCAGUUUGAUCAUUGGUUACCUUGCAGAUCAUCAUAACUUGCCACGAGAGGAGCUGCUGUCACGAAGGUUUUGCCAGAAUGUUAAGAAGCAUAGGCUUAGGCAGCUUAUAGAUGACACUAUUGGUUCUGUUCCUGCAGAUUCUUCUCUGAUAAACUCUGUCCUUGAAGUGUGCUUUGGUCCGUCUCUCCUUCCAAAAAGAAUUGGCGAUGUGAAGUACCUGGUAGAUUUUGUUGAAAUGGUCAUGGAGGCUCUUCCAGCAAACUAUCGCCUAGGCUUAGCAGUUGGUGGAUUUGUAGCUAAGCACUUCACAGGUUCUGAUGCAACCUCCACUGGGACCAGGUUCUGGGCAAGCUCUGUUCUGAUCAACGCCAUCUUCCGAGCUGUACCUGUCGCACCAGAAUCAGUAUGGCUACAAGGUGCAGAUCUCUUGCAGAAAUUGCAUGUCACAGAGAUUGUGAAGAGCCCACGUAGCACGCACAAAACCAUCAAGGGCGUCGACGCCGGCACGACGCCUCCAUCCUCGACCUCCAGCUCUACCGGUCCCAGGAGGAGGCCCGAAACCCUACCGCCCCCGGCGCCGUCGCGGCCGCUGCUUCCGGACGACCUCGGGGCCAAGAACUCCAGCGUUGAAUCCCGUGCCCACAAGAAUUCGAAGCCCACGCACGUAAUCAUCGCCGCCAGGGGGCUCGCCGGCGUCGGCGCAUCGCAGCCCCGUCCACGGAUCUGCCGGCACGUACAACGGCGACGCAAGGCGUACUCCUUCGCGCUCUCACCACCACAUAUCCUCAAUGCCUUUGUCCUUAGCGCGGGUCUGCUCAAGAAGGCCUUCGAGCUCUCCAUCCUUGAGCAGGUGGAUGAGGAGCUGAGGCAACACUCAGGAAUUGACUGCAUUUGUAGCGGAACAACUGCAGUCGCUGUUGUUAGGCAGCUAGGACCGUCGAUCCCUGUCCAGCUCAUCACUGACUUGAAGCCAUAUCUUCCAAGUCAAGGAUUAAGCUGCUACAGGCUACGAGGCUCUGGAGCUGGAAUCCCUUUACUGCAUCAAGUGGCACAUCAGACCUGGUUACAUGACCUUUUUCAAGUGAAAUGUCGACCAACAUCAGAGGGUUCAGGAACUCAUGAUAGUGAAGAGGGUCAUACAUCUUCGAUGCCACGUCGUAAACGGUCCAAUGUUUGGGAACAUUUUGAGAAAGCCUUGGUUGAUGUGGAUGGUGAGCUAAAAGCUGUUUGCAGGUACUGUCAACUGAAAUUGAGUACCAAGUUUGGUACUAGUAGUCUUAGAGGCCAUGUUGCCAAUUCUUGCCCAGCAAUUGAGAGUGAUACCAGAAAGAGAUUUCAAGCAAGCAUGAGCAAACAACCAUUAGAUGCAAAUUUUGUCUUUGAUCCCCACCUCUGUCGUCAAGAGAUGAUCAAGUAUUUAAUUCAUGCUGAGAUUCCAUUUCUGGAAUUCGAAGACCCGUACUUGCAGCCAUGGAUUAACACAAUGCAACCAACUUUCAUAGUCAAGGGUCAGCAAACAAUCCGCAAUGAUUCCUUCCAGAAAUUUGAGGAGCUAAAGAAAGAGCUUUAUACUGAACUUCAGAAUUUGGAUUCUCGUGUUUGCUUGACAUCAGAUAUAUGGACAUCAUCGCAGAACUUAGAAUACAUGGCUGUAACAGCUCACUACAUUGAUGCAGAAUUUAAGAUCAAUCAAAAGAUCAUUUGGUUUAAAAAACCAGAGUAUCCUCACUCCGGCAUUGCAAUUGAAGAAGAAAUAGUGAGGUGCUUGACAGAAUGGGAUAUAAGGGAUAAAUUGUUUACUUUGACAUUAGAUAAUGCAAGUAAUAACACUUCGGCAUGUGAGGAGUUGAUAACAAAUCAUAAACAUGAGUUAUUGUUUGAUGGUGAACAUCUACAUGUUAGAUGUUCUGCUCAUAUUCUUAACAUCUUGGUUCAGGAUGGGAUGACAGUGAUCCAUACAACAAUACAAAAGAUUCUGCUUCGCAUCCUCUAUGCCUGGAAGGACCCAGCUUUGCAAAGUACCGAUAUGCUCAAGGUGUUGGCUGUUUCCAUGCAUUCCAUGUUUGAGAAAUAUUGGAAUCCUGAUGAAGAUAACUUGCACAAUGUAGUUAAAAAAAAGAGAAAGAAGAAAGAGAUUGCAUUUAACCUUGUCUUAGUCAUUGCCACUAUAUUAGAUCCAAGAAGGAAGGCUGACUACUUAGAUUUCUUCUUUCAGAAGGUGUGCAAUAAUACAAAUCAGAUUGAUAUGCAUGUGAAGCAUGCCUUAGAGUGGAUGGGAAAGUACUUCACAUUGUAUGAGCAACGAUGUGCAAGGAAAAGUAGUGUGGAUAUGAUGGUGCCUGCUAACGAAGCCUUUGUUAAUGUGGGGUCACUGAUUCUUGGAAAAAGAAAGCUUGAAGAAGAAUUUGCUCAAUACAAAUCAUGA